GAGAGAGAGAGAGAGAGGUCCGGCGAGCAGUGCUCGGAGGUUCUCCGCGGUUGUUGUGUCUCACAGAAUAGCGGCUCACUAGUGGUUUCUAGUUCAAUUCCCGACUUGGAAGUACGUCCGUCGCCCCUGUUCGGUCUCAGAAGUGCGAGGGGUUGAUGAAGAAUCGAGGGCGCACCGCGGCCACUUUUGGCGAGCGGCUCUUUCCUUUUUGACUCCUCGUCUUUUUCCUCUGCAUUCGGAUUAUUUCUUAUUUUUUUAUUUCUUUUUUUUUAAUUUCUUUUUUUUUAAUUUUUUUUUUAUCUUUUUCCGGGAGAUGGCAAGUUGUUCCCUGACAGACGCGGGGACCCGGUGCUGAAGCUCGCAGGGAUGCUGGGGACCCUACAACGACCAGAUAUCUCACUUUGAGACAAGAAUUUCGAAUGUCUGUGUUGUACAGUCUCUCAAGGAUGGGUAGUGGAUUGCUAUUGUUCCUUCUCGCCCAGGUCGUCUCGGUUGCUCCGUUGACUCAGACUGAUAAAUGCGGGGGUAAUAUAGAGAUAGACAUCGCUGACUACCUGACCUCCCCGGGCUAUCCCGGCGCCUACCCGCCCUCCCAGCAGUGCGUGUGGGUGAUCACCGCCCCUGAGCCGGGUCAGAAGAUCCUGAUCAACUUCAAUCCGCAUUUUGAUCUGGAGGACAGAGACUGCAAGUACGACUACGUGGAGGUUUACAAUGGCGGGGACGAGCUUUCGCCCAUGCUGGGAAAGUUUUGCGGGAAGAUCGCACCGUCUCCGAUCAUCUCCAGCGGCAGCCAGCUCCUCAUCAAGUUUGUCUCCGACUACGAGACCCACGGGGCGGGAUUCUCUGUUCGCUACGAGGUCUUCAAGACAGGCCCAGAAUGUUCCAGAAACUUCACGGCUCCCCGGGGUGUCAUCAAGACGCCGGGCUUCCCCGAGAAGUACCCCAACAACCUGGACUGCACCUUCAUGAUCUUCGCCCCCAAGAUGUCGGAGAUCGUGGUGGAGUUCGACAGCUUCGACAUGGAGCCCGACACCACGCCGCCGCCGGGCGCCCUCUGCCGGUACGACUGGCUGGAGAUCUGGGACGGCUUCCCUGCAGUGGGUCCCCACAUUGGCAGGUACUGUGGCCAGACCUCCCCGGGCCGUGUGAUAUCCUACACCGGCAUCCUGUCCAUGACCAUCACCACUGACAACGCCAUCGCCAAAGAGGGAUUCUCCGCCAACUACACCAUCCGCGAGAGGAGCCUCGCCACAGGACACUUGGAUUUUGCUUGUAUGGUGCCGCUGGGCAUGGAGUCCGGGGAAAUUUCUUCAGAGCAGAUCAGAGCCUCCUCCCAGUACAACUCCAACUGGUCCCCUGAACGCUCUCGCCUCAACUACCAGGAGAACGGCUGGACGCCCUCAGACGACAACGUCAGGGAGUGGAUACAGGUGGACUUGGGAUUUCUCAGAUUCAUCACAGCCAUUGGGACGCAGGGAGCGAUCUCAAAAGAGACCAAGAAGCACUACUUUGUCCGCUCAUACAAGGUGGACCUGAGCUCCAAUGGAGAGGACUGGGUCACUCUGAAGGAGGGCUCAAAGCAGAAGAUCUUUCAGGGGAACCACAAUGCAAUGGACGAGGUUCACGCCUUUCUUCCCAAACAGACUCUGGCCCGCUACAUCCGCAUCCGCCCCAUGUCCUGGGAGCAAGGCAUCUGUAUGCGCUUCGAGAUCUACGGCUGCAGGAUAUCAGACUACCCAUGUUCAGGGAUGUUGGGGAUGGUGUCAGGUCAGAUCUCAGAUGCUCAGAUCAGCGCCUCGUCCUACGCCGACCGGGGCUGGGUAGCGGAGAACGCCCGCUUAUUGACGGGGAGGUCGGGCUGGACCGGGCAGCAAACCAAGCAGCCCUUCAGAAACGAGUGGCUACAGGUGGAUCUGGGCCAGGACAAGAUGGUGAGCGGUGUGGUGAUCCAGGGAGGGAAACACCGCGACAGGAACGUCUUCAUGAAGAGGUUUAAAGUGGGCCACAGUCUGGACGGAGAAGAGUGGACCAUGGUCAAGGAGGACAACAGCAACAAGCCAAAGAUAUUCAUCGGGAACCAGAACCACGACACCCCUGAUCUGAGGUCCAUGGGUCCACUCCUCACCCGCUUUGUCAGGAUCUACCCGGACAGGUCCACCACCGAGGGCCUGGGCCUCCGGCUGGAGCUGCUGGGCUGCGAACUGGACGAGAUUACGACCACAGCGCCUCCCACCACGCCCAUCGCCUCUACGCUUCCCAUGACCACGUUUGGCGCAACCACCACAGCGCCGAUCACCAAACCGGGCAUAACCCCGGCCACAGACUGUGGGGAGGGACAACAGGACUGUGGCGGCGAGACCGAGGCGCCCUAUGACUAUGACAUAGCGACAGCAGGAGGCAACACAGCGGCUGACCCCAUCCUGGACCUCAUGCCAGCAUACGUGUGGUUCGCCUGUAACUUUGAAUUCUCGUCCUUCUGUGGCUGGACCAGAGAGACCGGCACAGGGGCCGAUUGGCUCAUCCAGACCGACGGGGCUCCCGACGUCCACAGGGGACCAAGCCAGGACCACACAGGCACGCCGGGGGACUUCAUCUACAUGCAGCUGACCGACACAGAGGCCCCCAGCAAGACGGGCCAGGAGGAGGACGAAGAGGAAAGGGUGGCGAGGCUGGCCAGCCUGCCCAUCACGGCGCAGGACGCCGACCUGUGCAUGUCCUUCUGGUAUCAGAUGCUGGGUGAACACGCAGGGUCGCUCCACAUCAAGCAGAGGAAGGAGGCAGAGGCGGGGCAGAUCCUGUGGAUGGUCAGCGGCCAUCAGGACGACCGCUGGAGGGAGGGACGGGUUUUACUGCCACACUCGAGUGUCUCAUAUCAGGUGGUGGUGGAAGGUGUUGCAGACGGACGCAGUACAGGUCACAUAGCUGUGGACAACAUCCAGAUCAUGGACGGGCUCAAUGCAGAGGACUGCAAGGAUCCGGAGGCUCCCACGUCUCCGCCGACUGAGAUCUUCAUCCUGCCGAUGGACUCCCUCCCGCAGGAGACCGACGAGCUCGGGGGCCCGGGCAACAUGCUGAAGACCCUGGACCCCAUCCUCAUCACCAUCAUCACCAUGUCCGCGCUGGGCGUCUUCCUGGGCGCCAUCUGCGGCGUCGUCCUGUACUGCGCCUGCUCGCAGGGCAGCAUGACGGACAGGAACUUAUCCGCCCUGGAAAACUAUAACUUUGAGCUGGUGGACGGCGUGAAGCUAAAGAAGGACAAGAUGAACGGACAGACUAACUAUUCAGAGGCGUGAGGGGAAAUGAGAGGCGGAGCUGAGAUUGCUCCGCUUGGACACACGAUGCAGCCAGUGGAGCGAGAGGAACGCGGGGGGCUGAGGCCACCAAUGGGAUGGCAGGGUGGGCUGAAAGUGAGCCGAUGUAAUUUUUUUUCUCAGGAGCAGCGGUAGAAGGGACUGACCUGUAGGGGGCACUGUGUAUAAAGAAUCUGUACAGCAAAAAAAGAAAAAAAAGGAAAAAAAGAAAACUAAGGAUUCUAUUUGGGUUUUUAUUUUUGGUUUUUUUUGGCGUGCUUUGUUGAUUUUAUGUAAUCACAUGCUGGUGUUGAGACCAAUUCAGAUCAAAGUAUCGUUUGUGUACUUUUAUGAAAAGAUAAGAUUUGAUUUUUUUGGUUUGUUGUUUUGUUUUUUCUUGUUUCCUUGUCUUUUUCCAGAUGUCAUAGCUUCACAGAAAAGAGCAGAGUAUGUGAAAACUGCUAUUGUGACAUCUGGCUCUAUAGCUGGCCAUAUGUCCCUGUACGUGUGUGUCUUUGUGUGUGUGUGUGUGUGUGUGUGCGUGCAUGCCUUUCUAUGGUUAUGUGGACACAUUUUGGUUUGAAACCAUCGUUGUGGGGACAUUUUGGCCGGUCCUCACAACUUCAAAGGGCUGUUUGAGGGUAAAGACUUGGUUUUGGGGUUCAGGUUGGAAUCAGGUGUUGGUCAGGGUCAGGGUUGGGGUCAGGGUAAAGGGCUAAGGAAAGCAUCAUGUCACUGAGUGUCCUCACAACCAUAGAAAGACCAACGUGAGUGUGUGUGUGUGUGUGUGGUGUACAUGUGUCACAUUCAUAUACAUCUGCAUUUACGGUGUGUAUGUGUCAGUCUAACUGUCUGGCAUGUGUGUGUGUGUGUGUGUGUGUGGCGGGUACCAUCCGGGCCCAGUGGCCUGUGUCUAGUUCCAACAGUGCCUUUUCUUUCCUCCAGUUUUUCCGUUGCCUUGUUUUCUCAUCGGCUGGCAUUCGGCCCAGGGUUCCCACACAAACACUGCGGAAAUGAAUUUUUGUACUUUGUCCAGAUUGGGAUUAUACAACCUCAAAUUUUUAGCGUUGUCGUGCGCUGUCAGCGAACACACGUGUCGGUGAGGAUCUGUACGUCUCCCCGCCUCGAUGGCGGUCGUGCCGACACGGGCUAAAACGCUGAAACCCAAGUUCACAUUUAGGUUUUCGAAAUGGGAAAUGUGUAGGGGCCCUGAAUCCCUCGUUUUCAUGGCACAUGACACAUCCAACAUAUUGUACAUAGGUUUUAAUAUAUUUGAGCGCCCUUUUUUUUUAUAGAAAAAGACACCAGUGCCGCAGUAUCCUUUCUAUGUUGGAAUCAAACUCCACCCAACCUCCGAAAUUAUAUAUAUAUAUCCACACAAAAAAAGUAUGAAUUUUAACAGACAGAGACUCAAACCUGUUGUUUCCGUGUUUCUUUUACAAACGCCGCCGAGUUGCCAUUUUGUGAAUUUUGUUGUUGUGUUCUGGGAACAGGAGAUUUUUUUUCCAAUGGAGAAAAUGGCUCUGGGAUUAUUGAGAAAUGCCUCAUGGGAAGCGAUGUUUUGUGUACAGGGUAAAACGGACGACCUCGGCAGUGCUAAGAUGCUUGGCAGCACGCCGGGGGUGGAUCAUCGGCGUUCCCCGCUGGCACACAAAGUGACCGUUAAACCCUCGACCUGAGGUGUGCCCGGCAGUCCCGGGAGGCGCCGCGAAGACUUCAAGUGUCUCCCCUCGGGCCCGUCAGCAUCUUUCGCUGAGGGGGGCGUUGACUAUCGGAGGAGACGUUCGUGAGUGGUCUGCAACUAGGGCAAAACCAAGUGUAUGAACCCCAGCAGGUGAUUCCAGUGAGUCGCCUGGCGAGGAGGAGACGUACAGGAGCGACUCCGAUCACACUUUAACGCAAUUCAUGCCUCGCACGCCCUUUUCUGCCCCUCGGCUACACUGGCCUGGAAAUAACAAACAGAAUUAAGUCACGUUUGUAUAACCAAGACCAGUUCACUAGCCAAUCAGAACAGAGCAGAGACCCAACAGAGAUGCCUUUUUUUUAAUCUAAAAAAAACAUAUGUUGUUUCUUUUGCCUGUUUACAACAGGUGAAAAUUUGAUUAAAAAAUGUCAUGUGGGGUUUGUUUUUUUUUUGUUUUUUUUUGGUUGUUUCUUCUUUUUUUUUCUUUGGGAUUCUGCUUCACAAUCGGCACCUCAUUUGACUUUAAUCCCCAUUUCACUCACCUAACUGUCAGCAUGGCAAAACGGUCUUAUUCACUGUGAACUACCAUGAUCAGUGUCCUCUUACAGCGGUAGUUUGAGGGCACAAAGUCCUGGAUGACAACCCGGAUAAACUGACUGGCUCCCCUUUUUAAAAAAAAAAAAACAAUAAUAAUACUAAUAAAAAUGUGGGUAUUUUUCAGUGAACAUUGUUUAAAAACUGAAAACGAUGAGCCUCCUGCUAAUAAUUGUGCUUUGUUGUGUUUCAGCUUUUGUAGCUAAAUGUGUUGUGAUACUGGUUGCUUGUGUAUGGCACUGUAUAGGUGGGAGGACUGAGUCUUGAAAGACGGAAGAUUCACCAGUCCCUCGUUUCACCGACUCACUGGCCUCAGUGAAGCCCCCCCCCGGCAGCUGCCAGAAGAUGUUGUAUGUUCGCUCUGUGGACGUUUAGGUUACAGAUUUAACUCGAAAGAGAUUGAAAGGCCAACGCGCAGUCAUGAUGGACCGGCAUAUUUUCUACUGGCGACUGGGAGAACAGUGCUCCUCUCCCGGUGCACCGCACCGCGGAACAUAAAGCUGCCCCCUUUCUUUUUUUUUUUUUAAUGUAGCAGUUUGUGGCAUCAUGUCAGCUCAGAAUGUGAAGUGAGACUAUUCGCCAGUGGUCAAUUCAGAAUCAACUCUCAAUUCCUCGCCUUUAGAAUGAGACGCUAGAGACGUUUGUACGUUUUUUCCGUUUUGCUGUAAGGGAAAUCGACUUCCUCAGUCGGGUCAUUUUAGAACGGAUCCCUCGUCUGGCUUCAGUUACGACUGGAUGAACGUUUCCAAUCAGAUGAAGGGGGCUCCGACUGUCGAGGCUUUCGUGAUUCGCUCUGGAAACCGCACUGGUUCCAUUUUUUUUUGUUGUUUUCUCAGUAAAAUACGAACUGCAUAUGUUCACCAGACUGAGGGGGUGAUCAAAAUGCACUCUCAGUCUGACCGCGUGUGCGUUUCCAGCGAUUCAGCCAGAUAUUAAUAAAGCGCCUUCCCUUUUAAACAAGAAAGGAUUCUGCAGCACUAGAUGUGAAAACAAAUGUUGCACUGAUAUAUUUAAAAACAAAUCUAUGUGUUUAUGAUGUUGAUUUAUGAAAAAGAGAGUAAGAAGGUAGGAGAGGACAGUGUUAUUGUUGCUUCUUUUUAACACGGUUUCAGUGUUAUAAUUCUGAAAUGUACAAUUUACAGAGAUGUUUUUCAUUCUGGAAAAAGCUUAUAUCGUCUCUUUGAAGCGUAACAAUUUUAUUUACUUGCUAUAAUAUCACCUUGUCUUUUUGUACUGUCGCUGAUGUACGUGUCAUUGUUUUGUUUUAUUUUUUCCCCCCCCGCCUUGUAUGACAAGAAGAAAAAAUGUUUUAUUUUCAAUACUGCUUCUGUAAUUUUGCUGUCUCAGAUCCAGAAAACAAGACAAAAAAAAAAAAAAAAAAAAAA